CCAAUAUACACAAAACAGAAACACCAAAAAUGUCUUCCUCUUUAGUAUCAUCAAAUAAUCUUCCAGUACGUGAAAUCCCAGGUGACUAUGGUUUCCCUAUCAUCAGCGCCAUUAAAGAUCGAUACGAUUACUUUUACAAACAAGGUGAAGAUGUUUGGUUUCAUAGCAAAGCUGAAAAAUACAAAUCCACUGUUGUCAAAAUCAACAUGGCACCAGGGCCUUUCACCUCUAAUGACUACAAAUUGGUGGCAUUUCUAGAUGCCAGCAGCUUUGUCUAUAUGUUUGAUAACUCUCUCAUUGACAAAACUGAUACUCUAGGUGGUACAUUCAAGCCUGGUAAAGAGUACUACGGUGGUUAUCGUCCUGUUGCUUUUAUCGAUACUUCUGACCCUAACCACGCUGCUCUGAAAAACUACAUUCUUACUUCAUUCGCUAAGCGACAUAACUUAUUCAUUCCCCUUUUCAGAAACUCAGUGUCUGAUCACCUCUUUCAAAAUCUUGAAAAACAGGUUUCUGAUCAGGGGAAGUCAGAUUUCAAUGCACUUCUUCCUAAUAUGACGUUUGGUUUCAUUUUUCGCUUGCUUUGUGACCAGACUAAUCCGUCUGAUACAGUUCUUGGCGCUCAAGGACCAGAACAUCUUCGCAAAUGGCUUUUUCCUCAGCUCAUUCCAUCAUUGAGUGCGAGAAAACUUCCUUGCUUUAUAGAAGAUUUGCUCUUCCAUAAUUUCCUGAUACCAUUUGGUCUCAUUAAAAAUGAUUACAGCAAGCUUGUUGAUGCAUUUAGCAAGAAUGCUGGGUCCAUAUUAGAUGAAGCUGAGAGACUUGGGAUCAAAAGAGAGGAAGCUGUACAUAACAUACUUUUUCUCGUAGGAAUUAAUAUGUUUGCCGGCUUGAAUGCAUUCUUCCCUCAUCUCAUCAGGUUUGUGGGCGAAUCGGGGCCUACUCUACACGCUCGACUUGCUAAAGAAAUCAGGACAGCUAUUAAGGAAGAAGGAGGGGCAGUCACAUUAUCAGCAAUCAACAAGAUGAGUUUGGUCAAGUCCAUAGUCUAUGAAACGUUGAGGCUUCGUCCACCAGUGCCAUUACAGUACGGUAAAGCUAAAAAAGAUUUCAUAGUCCAGAGCCAUGAUGCAUCUUACAUGAUUAAGAAAGGGCAGUUCGUCGUUGGAUAUCAGCCCAUGGCUAGUAGGGAUCCCAAGAUUUUCGACAAACCUGAUGAGUUUGUUCCUGAUAGAUUCUUGGGUGAAGGAGAGAAAAUGCUCAAACAUGUUCUUUGGUCUAAUGGAAGGGAAACAGAGAAUCCAGCACCAAAUAAUAAGCAAUGUGCAGGAAAAGACUUGGUACAUCUAUUGGGCAGACUAAUGUUGGUGGAGUUUUUCUUGAGAUAUGACACUUUCACCGUGGAAAUCACUCCCCUCUUUCGCGCACCAAAUGUUGCAAUCAAGACAUUAACUAAAGCAACUUGAUUUUCUGAUGUAUUGGAUGCUUAAUCAAGUCAUCUAAGUGUGUGCGCGCGCAUUGGUUUUCUUGCAUAAUUAUUAAAUUUUUAAUUUGUAUUGUAUUUAUUUAAUUUGGUUGUUGUUGUAUUUGUUAUUUUUUAUUGAAAUGAAUAAAUUAGAAGAAUUACACAUUGUAUAUACUUGUCCACUAUAAAAGAUUGUUAGUUGUUAGCUGA